AUGGAAAUAGACCUUGACUAUGCCAAAGAGAGAAGAGAACUGGCAGCUCGAAUGAUCGCUAAGUACCAGAAAAGGGUAAAGACAAACUACGACACUCGGGUCCAACCAAAAUACUUCCAGGUCAGCGAUUAUGUUCUAAGGAAGAGAGAAUCUAGUCGACCACAAGAAGGUGGCAUGCUUGCCCAAAGUUGGGAAGGCCCCUAUGUCAUUUCAGCCGUAAUUUGUCCCGAGGCCUACAAACUAGAGAAUACCACGGGAAGACCGGUGGAUCGGACUUGGAAUUCCGAGAACCUGAUGGAAAGUGUUAGUGGUGGGACUGGUGUUACUGGUGUAUCUGGAACCCAACCUGAGUUGGAAGCACCUGCUGUAGAGACUGUUACUCCUCAGUCUCAGCAGCCUUUGCCUCCACCUGUUCCAAAGAAAAGGAAAGAGGUUGAAUCCAGGGCUCCAUGUUGGGAUCACUUUGAAAAGAUCAAAGACAGUGAGGGCAUUGUCAUCAAAGGAAAGUGUAUAUAUUGUGCAAAAGUGUAUUGCUGUGAGAGCAAGAAACAUGGGACUUCAUCUCUAAGACUUCAUGUGGUAAACUGCCUUAAAAAUCCUCACUCUAAGGAGACAAGGCAGUCCCUACUCACAUUCCAACCUGCACCUUCUUCUGUUGGAACUCAAAGUAGUGAAGGAACUGAAGGGGUGUUGGGUACUUGGGUGUUUGAUCAGGACUUGAUAAGGAGAGCCUUAGCUGAGAUGAUUAUUUUAGAUGAACUUCCUUUUAGAAUUGUUGAGGGACAGGGUUUUAGAAAGUUUGUUUUAGUUUGCUGUCCUAGGUUUAAAAUCCCUUCAAGAUGGACUAUCAGUAGGGACAUUUUCAAGAUAUUUUCUGAUGAGAGGGUCAACUUGAAGAAGUUUUUUAGGACUAGCAGUCAGAGGGUAAGUAUCACAACUGAUACUUGGACCUCAGUCCAGAGAAUAAACUACAUGUGCAUAACUGCACAUUUCAUUGAUAGUGAGUGGAAGCUGCAAAAGAAGAUUAUUUCAUUUGUUCCUAUAUAUUCCCACAAGGGGGAAAGUAUUGCAAAGGCUUUAGAGAGUUGCCUUUUGGACUGGGGUCUAAAAUCAGUGUUUAGUGUGACAGUUGAUAAUGCUUCCAGCAAUGAUACUGCCCUAGGUUUCUUGAAGAAGAAGUUGGGUUCUUGGGGUUGUACUUUUGUUAGGUGUAAGUAUUUGCACAUGAGGUGCAUUGCUCACAUUCUUAACUUGGUGGUACAGGAUGGGUUGAAAGAAUGUGACAGUUCAGUUAAGAAAGUCAGGGAUGCUGUUAGGUAUGUGAGGAGCUCACCUGCUAGGUUGCAGAAGUUUAAAUCACUAGCUGAUCUAAUUGGGGUGGAAGCAAAAAAUUCUCUGUGUCUAGAUGUCCCUACAAGGUGGAAUUCCACAUAUAUGAUGCUUAAUACUGCAUUACUGUUUCAGAAGGUAUUUGAAGCCUAUGAUGAUCAUGACAGUUCAUUUAAAUCUGAUUUGGGUGGAAGUGUACCUGAUUUCUUAGAUUGGGAAUCCAUUCAAUCUUUGGUUAUGAUUCUGAAAUCUUUUUAUGAAAUGACUGUUAGGAUUUCUGGAUCAUUGUAUGUGACUUCUAAUACCUUCUUCUCUGAGAUUUCUGAUUUGUCUUGCUUGUUGAAAAAUAUGGAGGAAGCUACAGAAGAUAGUGUUAAACUGAUGGGUAAAAAUAUGAGGGCAAAAUUUGAUAAGUAUUGGGGUGAGCCUGAAAAAAUGAAUUUUUUGAUAUUCUAUGCAAAUAUCUUAGACCCCAGGGACAAAAUUGAGUAUAUGCCCAUUCAGUUUAACCAGUUAUAUGGUGAGGAAAAGGGUAAAACAAUGUUUGAUAAGGUGAUUGUUGGCCUUAGGGAGUUGUUUGAAGAUUAUGUUGCAUGCUUCCCUGUCCAGUCUGUUGAACAAUCUGAAAGAUUUUCUCCCUCAAUAACAAUAUCUGAUUCUGUUUCUGUUGGGAGACCUCAAUCAUUACUGAAAUCUCAUAUUAAGAAGCAAAAAUUGGUGAGUGGGGAUUUGUCUAGGAAAAAAACUGAGUUGGAAGUGUAUCUCUCUGAGGUUAUUGUGGAUGAGGAUGAUUCAUUUGACCUUCUAAGAUGGUGGAAGCAACAAUCUGAAAGGUUCCCUGUCUUAUCUAAAAUGAAUCAGCUUUCAGUACAAGUGGAAGGGUACUUGAUGCCUUUAGGAGUUCCCUAA